AUGUUGACGGGUUUCCUCGAGACGUUCGGUCAGCUUUCCCGCAAGGAAUGCAUUCUUUUCUGGACUCCAAAAAUUCAGCCAUCUGUAACAGUUUUACAUACGAUCCCAGUGUCAGACCAACCAAACCUUCUCGAAAGAUCCUUCGGGCAUCCCGAUAGCCUCACCGAUUCCAGUCACAACUACUCCAGGGCUCACAGAGUUGACACGAACUCCGUGGUCAAUGAGAUCAAUGGCUGUGCUUCUGGUGAAUUGAUCAAGAGCGGAUUUGGUCAUUGCGUAGUACAUAGCGCCAGUCAUCUGAAAGUUAAAUUACUUGCAAACGGGCAGAAACAUCCUGAAACGGACAAAUACCGGGUCAAGUCAUAG